AUGCCAGCUCCCUCCUCAACAACACCACCCGCCGCCUCCGCCUCCUCCUCCUCCUCCUCCUCCUCCUCCUCCUCCCUCUCCCGCCUUCGUAACAUCACAAACCACAUCAUGGCACCCGCAGCUUCCACAAACUUCCCCGCCGACAAUGUGCCCCAGGCACCAGAGGACCCCCUCUUCGGCCUGAUGCGAGCCUUCAAGGCUGAUACGAGCCCCAACAAAGUCGACCUCGGCAUCGGUGCCUACCGCGACGACAAUGCGAAGCCUUGGGUGCUUCCCGUCGUCAAGAAGGCCGACGAGAUCCUCCGCAACGACCCCGACCUCAACCAUGAAUACCUCCCCAUCGCCGGUCUGCCCGCCUUCACGACCAAGGCCGCCGAGCUGAUCCUGGGCGCCGACUCGCCCGCCCUCCAGGAGCAGCGUGCCUCCUCCAUCCAGACCAUCUCCGGCACCGGUGCCGUCCACCUCGGCGCCCUCUUCUUCGCCAAGUUCUUCCAGGGCAACAAGGCCGUCUACGUGUCCGACCCGACCUGGGCCAACCACCACCAGAUCUUCUCCAACGUCGGCCUGCCCGUCGAAAAGUACCCCUACUUCGACAAGCAGACCAAGGGCCUCGACUUUGCCGGCAUGAAGUCGGCCAUCGCCGCCGCCCCCGCCCGCUCCAUCAUCCUCCUCCACGCCUGCGCCCACAACCCCACCGGCGUCGACCCCACGGCCGACCAGUGGGCCGAGCUCGCCGACCUGCUGCGCACCAAGAACCACGUCCCCUUCUUCGACUGCGCCUACCAGGGUUUCGCCACCGGCGACCUCGCCCAGGACAACGGCGCCAUCCGCCUGUUCGUCGACCGCGGCUUCGAGCUCGUCAUCGCCCAGAGCUUCGCCAAGAACUUUGGCCUCUACGGCGAGCGCGCCGGCUGCUUCCACGUCGUCACGGGCCCCGGCCCCGACGCCACGUCCACCAUUGCCCGCAUCGCCUCGCAGCUCGCCAUCCUGCAGCGCUCCGAGAUUUCGAACCCGCCCCUCUACGGCGCCCGCAUCGCCUCGACCGUCCUCAACGACGCCGCCCUCUUCGCCGAGUGGCAGGGCAACCUGCGCGCCAUGUCGGGCCGCAUCAUCGACAUGCGCAAGGCCCUGCGCGCCAAGCUCGAGGCCCUCGGCACCCCCGGCACCUGGCACCACAUUACCGACCAGAUUGGCAUGUUCAGCUUCACCGGCCUGUCCGAGGCCCAGGUCCUGAAGCUGCGCGACGACGCCCACGUCUACAUGACCAAGAACGGCCGCAUCAGCAUGGCCGGCCUCAACACGAGGAAUAUCGACUACUUUGCCGAGGCUGUCGACAGGGUUGUGCGGGCGUCGUCGUAG